AAUCCUUUUACAGAGAGAACAAAAAGACAGGUCUCUCUCGUUCUCUUCUCUGAUUUCUUUCUCUCUCUAAAAACAUCAAAACUCUACACCGAAAUCAAUCUCAGAUCCGUGUUUUUCUGUUCGAAUGAUUCAAACUGCAAAUCAUUUGAGAAUUUGAAUCACAGAGAGAUUUUGGGAGUGAGAGGGAGAGGGAGAGGGAGAGACAGAUUUGAAAGAGGAAGAAGAUGAUUACAAUUCCAUAUACAACUGCUUUAACAACGUUAUUUAGUUAUGGAUUAUUAUUUGCUUUUGGACAACUUAGAGAUCUAUUCAGAAAAUUCGUUGAAUGGUGGAAAGAUAGUAAUCUUCAUGGAUAUGCACCGAUUUGUUUAGGUCUUGAAGAUUUCUAUGUUAGACGAUUGUAUCUUCGUAUUCAGGAUUGUUUUGGACGACCAAUUGCAAGUGCGCCUGAUUCUUGGAUUGAUGUGGUUGAGCGUUACUCUAAUGAUAAUAACAAGACACUCAAGCGAACCACAAAUACAAGUAAAUGUCUCAACUUGGGAUCAUACAAUUACCUUGGGUUUGCAGCAUCAGAUGAAUACUGCACUCCACGUGCUGUUGAGUCAUUGAAGAAAUUUUCCCCAAGUACAUGCAGCACUCGUGUAGACGGUGGAACAACAAUAUUACAUGUGGAAUUAGAGGAAUGUGUUGCUCAAUUUGUUGGAAAGCCAGCUGCUAUGGUUACUGGUAUGGGAUACGUCACAAAUUCAGCUAUCCUUCCAGUCCUGAUUGGGAAGGGUGGGUUGAUAAUUAGUGAUUCUUUGAACCACAACUCCAUUGUUAAUGGUGCCCGAGGUUCAGGAGCCACAGUUCGAGUUUUCCAGCAUAACACACCGUCCCAUUUGGAAGAAGUUUUGAGGGAACAAAUUGCUUUUGGGCAGCCUAGAACUCGUAGACCUUGGAAAAAAAUAAUUGUUGUUGUAGAGGGCAUUUACAGCAUGGAAGGAGAGCUCUGCAAACUUCCUGAGAUUAUACAAGUCUGCAAGAAAUACAGGGCAUAUACUUAUUUGGAUGAGGCUCAUAGUAUUGGGGCAGUUGGGAAGUCAGGAAGAGGAGUUUGUGAGCUUCUAGGAGUGGAUACAGCUGAUGUUGACAUAAUGAUGGGGACUUUUACAAAAUCCUUUGGAUCAUGUGGCGGUUACAUUGCAGCAUCCAAGGAGGUUAUUGAAUAUCUGAAGUUCUCAUGCCCUGCUCAUCUGUACGCGACUGCAAUUUCACCACCUGCUGCACAACAGAUUAUAUCUUCCAUAAGGGUUAUUCUUGGCGAAGAUGGUUCUAGUAGAGGAGCUCAGAAACUUACACGUAUUCGUGAGAACAGCAACUUUUUCCGGUCAGAAUUGCAGAAGAUGGGAUUUGAGGUUCUAGGAGACAAUGACUCUCCAGUAAUGCCCAUCAUGCUUUACAAUCCAGCAAAAAUCCCUGCCUUUUCUCGAGAGUGCCUUAAACGGAAUGUCGCUGUCGUCACAGUUGCUUUUCCAGCCACACCACUAUUGUUGGCCAGGGCACGUAUCUGCAUAUCUGCUUCUCACACCAGGGAAGACUUGUUAAAAGCUCUAGAGGUUAUCAGCGAAGUCGGUGACCUUGUGGGCAUAAAGUACUUCCCUGCUGAGCCCAAGAAGCAGGAUGACGGCAGGGUAAAGCUCGAGUGAGAAAGAGAUGUCGCUCACAACACAGAGCCUCAGAAAGGGAAUUCGGGGUGAAAACUUGAUCAAGGGAAAACUUCCUGUUAAGAAUUGUAACAUGUUUUUGUUUUGAUCCAAAAAAAAUUGGUACUCCAAUACCUCUCUUUAUCUGUACAAGAUAAGAAAAAUGGAUCAAAUGGCAAAGGAUUAUGAUUUCUUUGCUAUGGAUUCUUUCCAUACUCACGUUUAUCCCUCUGAAAACUUGUCGUAACAUGGUCAUUGUUUGUAAAUGUAGCUUGAUUUUUGUUUGGAGUGACCUAGUUUAUCUGUUUGAUAUUAUUUGCUUAGUGUUGUGAAAUUCUUAAUGUACAGUUCAGACUUUUGGCUCCAAUCGAAAAUUUGUUGCAUUCACAUAA